GCCCGGAGCCCGGAGCCCCGCAGCCCCGCGCCCCGGCUCCGGAAGGCUGCGCGUCGGCGCGCCGCUCGCGGGCCCGGCCAUGUCGCAGCUCCCCUCGCUCGCCGUCUUUGAUCUGGAUUACACGCUCUGGCCCUUCUGGGUCGACACGCACGUGGACCCCCCGUUCCACAAGGACAGGGACGGAACGGUGCGGGACCGGCGGGGCCAGGAGGUCCGGCUGUACCCGGAGGUGACCGGCGUCCUGGGCCGGCUGCAGGGCCUUGGGGUGCCCGUCGCGGCGGCGUCACGGACCGGGGAGGUGCAGGGGGCCGACCAGCUGCUGGAGCUCUUCAGCCUGGCCCGACACUUCGUGCACCGGGAAAUCUAUCCGGGCAGCAAGGUCACGCACUUCGAGAGGUUACGGCAGAAGACGGGGGUUCCUUUCUCCCAGAUGAUCUUCUUCGAUGACGAGAGGCGGAACAUCGUGGAUGUCGGCCAGCUGGGUGUCACCUGCAUCCACGUCCAGAACGGAAUGAGCCUUCAGACCCUAACGCAAGGGCUGGAGACGUUUGCCAAGGCUCGGGCCGGGCCUGGGGCUGCGGCGCCGGGCCCGAGCCGCCCGUGAGGCCCCCGGCUGGACCCCGGCUCGACCAGGGGGCGUGCCCGGGCGCCCUCGGAGCCGAUUAAAGGGAUCUCGUCCGCGGG